CACCCAUCAGCACCCUCAGCACCCCUCAGCACCCCUACUUCCCACGGCCAGGGUGUUACCAAAAGUUGAUCUGGAUCCAGACUCUCAGAGGGGGUCUAAAGGCUCCCAGCUCCUGUUACAGUUACAUCUGUGUCAUGGUGGAAACGAUUCUUAUUUUCUUUCAUUUACACAGAAACGAAAGUGAAAGCACCCUGAGGAGGAGGAGGAGGAGGAGGAAGAGGGGGAGGGGGGAGUCUCUCUGCCUGUUUGUGUAAGAGAGUCUUUCAGAGUCUCUCAGAGUCUCAGAGAGCUCGAUCCGGACUACAGCAUGGGGGACACCGUGGAGUGUCCGCCGGUGACCGUGGAGGGGGACUGGACUCAGGCUCCCUCUAAGACCGUGAAGAACAAACUGCAGCUUUACUUUAACAGCAGGAAGAAGUCCAGCGGAGGAGACUGCCGGGUGGAGCUGGAGGACGGAGCCCCGAGAGCAGACGUCUAUUUCCGGUCAGAGGAGGUGAGAGAGCGAGUCCUCGCCCGUCAACGCCACGAAAUCCUCCUUCACAAGCCUGUGAAGUUACGUCUGAGUUCUGCACCUUGUCCGACCAACGGUGACGACGUCUCAGAUCCAUCAGCAGACUCAAAGCCUCGGGAGUCAGAAGUGGAGGCUGAAGAUGGAGCCUCUGCAGAGAAGAAAAACGAGUCCGUUCAGAUCCUCUCUGUGGUUUUGGACAACGUGGGAGACAACAUACAGAGAGACCUGCUGCAGAUGCUGGUGGAGAACAUCUCUGGGGUGGAGGAAGGUUCCUACAGUCUGGAGAUGAUCUUAGAGAGCAACAGAGCCGUGGUCACCUUUAACAGCCCUGCAGAUCUGGAGAAGUUCCUCUCUGUGAGUCAGACCAGUCAGAAGCUGCAGAAAUACAAAGUGAGCGCCCGGCAGCUGGAGGCGGCAAACAGCGUCCGAGUGGAGAGCCUCUCGUCUCGUGUGGUCGAUGACAUGUUGGAGAUGUAUUUUGGAAAACACUGGGUCCAGCCCGAGAGCAUCAUCAUGAUCCCAGAAGAAGAGGCCGCCAUCGUAACUUUCACUGACCCCAAAGUUGUGGAAAGCAUUUGUGUCAAACGAGACUAUUCCAUUGGAUCCACUCCUGUCCGGGUGUAUCCGUACUACGAGUCCCUGAGCACCGCCUUGUACGGCAAAGAACGACCAACAUGGAAGAUGCCUGAACCGCUCACAGAGAGUGUUCAGAGUGUUAUCUGGAAAUUCCUCCAGAAGAAGAAACUGUUUGACAGCAUCAACGAUCAGAUGCGUCCGUACCACUGCAGCGUGAACAUGGAUAAACCCGAAGCCAAGCUGAGCCCUGUUCCAAAUUAUUUGAGGCAGAAGGGUCUGACUGCCCAACAGGUGGAUACGUGGCAGAGCACCGCCCUGGACGCCUUCCGCCGGCUAAUGUCUCAGUACACGGCAUUCGAAUGUCCAGCAAACAAACCGGCAUGGAAAGCCGCAGAGGACGAAGUCCUAUCUGUCGUCAGGGAAGAUGCCGUCCUGGUUUUGGAUGCAUCCAAGGAGGUUUUGACUGUCGCUGGUCAAGCUGACAAUAUGAAAAAAAUCCGGUCCCCUGUGGAGGAUAUCGUUCUCAGAGCCAUGCGUCAGAAUGAACGGCAGACAAAAGGAGUCUCUGAGGCCGUUGUGUUGUCUCCUGCAAUGCACUACAUCCUGAAACAGGAAGGUCUACAGAAAGCUGCACAGGACACUUCCCCCGACAUGGACCUCUCCUACGAUACAAGCACCCAGAGAUUAUCCAUCAAAGGGCUGAGUGCAGAGGUCUACCAGAUGAAGUCGUGGAUCUUGGAGAAGAAUAUGAGCAUGAGUAAAAAACAGAUAGAGGUCCCUCCAAGUCUCCUCCAGUUCCUCAAGACCGUGGAUCCCAUGGGUAUGUCACAGCAUCUGUUCACAUCUCAAGGCAUCAGUGCCAUCUUCAACGUUGACAGCAAGGGCGUUUCGCUGGUGGGUUCCUCUGACCCAGCCCUCACGAGUGCAGAGAGUAAGAUGAAGGAGGUUUUGUCAUUCCAGACUCUGGAUGUGGAGGACCAGGAAGUUCUCAAACAUAACAAGUGGGCUAACUUGAACAAAGAGCUUCUGGACAGCUACAACUCCUCAAAGGGGAAAAUAGUGUCCAUCCAGAUCUGUCCAGGAACAAGAGAUAAAAUAACGGUGGCUGGCUUUAAGAAUCCGGUGAAAGAGAUCAGUCGUAGCCUGGUGGAAUUUAUUUCUGACCACUCACGAAUUCAAGAAUCUGUUCGUGUGAAGUCCUGCGCUGUUGUUCAGUUCAUUGACAAGAGGAAAUCCGAAGAGUGGUCCAGCAUCGCCAAAGACAACAGUGUUAACGUGAAUCUGGAUUCACGGAGGAAACGAAUCGUCAUCGCUGGAGCCCGUCUUCACGUCCAGAAGGCCAAGUCCUGUUUCAAAGAACUGACAGAUUCUCUCUUCAGUGACAACUUCAGUGUGAACAAACCUGGGGCAAAGAAGUACUUCCAGUCUCAGGGAGGCUUGUACCUGACUAACUUAAUGUCAGAGUUGAGCUGUGUGGUGAUGCUUCGCCCAGAGAACGAUGAGGAGGAAGAGGAGGAGGAGGUGGAAGUGACCUAUGAAGAAGGAGGUGGCGAAAGUUACUGCAAAGUGAAGACAGCUGGUGGAGUUCUGGUGUCUGUAAGAAAGGCAAACAUCUGCAGUUUUGGCGUUGAUGCGGUGGUCAAUGCAGCUAACGAGGAUUUGCAGCACAUUGGUGGUUUGGCUCUGGCGUUGCUCAAAGCUGCAGGACCAGAGCUGCAGAAAAUCAGCAAUGACCAUGUUUCCCAAUGUGGAAAACUACGUCCAGGUGAUGCCAUAGUAACGGGUGCGUGUAACCUACCUUGCAAAUACGUCGUGCACGCAGUCGGUCCCCGGUUCUCUGACUCCGACAAGAAGACGGCGGUGAGUCGUCUGAAGCUUGCCGUUAGACAAAGUCUGAAAGAGGCAGAAAAAGUGGAGUGCUCCUCCAUCGCGCUGCCAGCCAUCAGCUCAGGUGUGUUCGGUUUUCCAGUUGACCUCUGUACUGAGACCAUUGCCCAGGCAGUGCGGGAAUACUGCGACGAUCCUGGGAGACUAGGCUCACUGACUGAGAUCCACCUGGUGGACAACAAUGAUAACACCGUGAGAGUUCUGGCCUCAGCCGUCAACAGAGAGUUCAGUGACCUGGAACCAACGAUGACAAUACCACCACCGGCAGGAGGAGGAAGAGGAGGAAGACCUCAGGCUUCGGGCGGAUAUCAGCAGGGCCGAGGUCGAGGUGGACAUCAGGGGCCUUCGUCAAGGGGGCAUCACUUUAGUGAAAGAGGAGGAGGACAUCACGGAGGAGGACGAAGGGCCGGUGAGGCGGGAGAUGGAUUUCAGCAAGUUCCUCAGGGUAACAGAGGGCAUGGAGAGCACGGAGGGCACCGAGGGCGCGGAGGGCGCAGAGGGCGCGGAGGGCAUGAAGGGCCCGGAGCGCACGGAGGGCAUGGAGCGCAUGGAGGGCCUGGGAGGAUGGAGCAGACCACAGCUGAGGGUCUGAAGAUUGCUCUCUGGAAGGGAAACAUUCAAGACCAGACUACUCACGUCAUCGUCAACACCAUCGAUGAGAACAUGAACCUGAAGCAGGGAGCCGUUUCCAAAGCCAUCCUGCAGGCGGCCGGGCCCAGCCUGCAGAAAGCUGUUCUGUCUCAAGCCGGCGUGUCUACGCUGCUGUGGGGUGACGUCAUCAUCACUGAUGGCUUCAACCUUAUGUGUCAAAAGGUCUUCCAUGUGGUUUGCCCUUUUUGGGACAACGGAGGCGGUCAGGCAGAGGAGACGUUGGUCACCAUCAUCAGACACUGUCUGAUGGAGGCCGAGAAUCUUAAGAUGGCAUCGCUGUCCUUUCCGGCCAUUGGUACGGGGAACCUGAGCUUCCCCAGAGACGUGGUGUCCAGAGUCCUGCUGAGAGAGAUUCACGCCUUCAGCAGCAGAAAAAGCCCCACCCAUCUGAGAGAGGUGGCCAUCGUGGUCCACCCGGGUGACAGCCAAACUGUGGAUCGUUUCACCAGGGAGUUCAGAGGAAACACUGAGCAGAGAAACUUCCAGCAGGAUGCCUGGGAGAUGAUCGAGUCAGCAGCUGUGCAGAUACCCAGCCAAUCACAACAGACGUCAGCCUCCUUCGGUCAGGUGUCGUCCCCGUCCCUCGGCGUGUAUCAGAUGCAGAUGGGUUCGAUCUCCCUCGAGGUUUCAUCCGGAGACAUCACCAAGGAGACGUGUGAUGUCAUCAUCAACUCCUCCAAUCAAGCCUUUAACCUUCGAACAGGAGUGUCCAAGGCGAUUUUAGACAGCGCUGGAGUGGGAGUUCAGCUGGAGUGCACACAGAUCGUGAAUUCUCCGGGUUACCAGCCUCGUCCGCUGAUCAUGACGUCGGCCGGGCAGCUGCCCAGCAGAAACAUCAUCCACGUCAUCGGACAGAACGACCCCACCAAGAUCAAGGACAUCGUUUACUCUGUGCUGAAACUCUGCGAGGAGCAAAAGUUCAUGUCUGUCGCCUUCCCAGCCCUGGGAACAGGUCAGGGAGGGGCCAACCCUUCGUUGGUGGCUGACGCCAUGGUGGACGCGGUGGUGGACUUUGUGAGGAAGAAACACCCAAAGUCCGUUGGCAGCGUGAAGAUCCUGAUCUUCCAGACUUCCAUGGUGACCGAGUUUCACAAGAGCAUGAAGAGGAGAGAGGGAGAGGGGGUGGAGGAGAAGAGCGUCUUCACCAAGUUCAAGAAUGCUGUCACCUCUUUUUUAUUCACUGGAGGCUCAGAGGAGCGGUCCAACCGGGGUAACCUGGUUCUUGAGACGCAGGAGUUUGGGCUGACUGAGUUUCAGAUCUGUGCUGACAACAAAAAGGCUCUGAGUGAGGCUAAGAAGAGGAUCGAGGAGCUGAUUGUGGCGGAGCAGGCGCAGAAAACCAUCAAAGACUCAUACAUCAAUAAGCUGUCGCAGGAGGACAUGGACGAGCUGAAGGAGCUGCAGAGGACCCUGACGGUGAGCAUCCGUCUGGACAAAGGACAGGAGGACGAGGAGCCCAAAAUCCACCUGGAGGGUCUGACCAGGGACGUCUUUGCUGCCGAUUCUUCAAUCAGGGACAUCAUCCGGAAGGUGGAGAGGAACGAGGUCUUGAAGGGUAGGGCCCUGUUGGUGAGUUCGCUCGUGGAGUGGCAGUUUCAGCACCCCAAUGGGCAGAUGGUGCCCUUCGACAUUGUCACCAACCUCAAGCUGGAGGAGGCUCUGGAGAAAAAGGAAAAUGUGAAGAUCAAGAUCCACAAUCAAACCUACAACACUGAUCUCAAGUUUAUGAGAGCGGUUUCAUCGACGGGGGGGAAAAUGAUGGAGCUACUCCGAAAAGACUUGAAAGUUGAUGCUUCUCUGCCGUCACACUGGGAGGACAUGAAAGGCGACCUCCUCAAGCUGUUCCCUCUGAAAGCAGGAUCCAGUGAAUACACUGAUGUGGAGACAGAACUUACAAGGACUGGUCUCCUUGCCAACAUCAUCAGUAUUGAACGAGUCCAACAUCUGGCACAGUGGCAGGGCUACCAGAUAAAGAAGGAUCAACUGGAGAAGAAGAACAAUCACAAGAACAAUGAAAAGCGGCUUUUCCACGGUACUGGAGCCGACUCCAUAGAUCUCAUCAACACACACGGAUUCAACCGAAGCCACGCGGGAAAACACGCUGCGAUGUUUGGAAAUGGAACUUACUUCGCCGUGGACCCGAGCUACUCGGCACAAGGCUACGCCACGCCUGACACUAAUGGGCACAAGCGCAUGUACCUGGCCAAAGUCCUCGUUGGAGACCAUACCAAGGGAAGCCGUGGUCUGCUCACCCCACCAUCCAAGAAUUCUGGGAAUGCUUCAGAUCUGUACGACAGUGUCACCGAUAACACAAACCCUCCAACCAUGUUUAUCGUGUUCAAUGAUUCGCACGCAUACCCAGAAUAUCUGAUCACAUUUACAUAAACUGCUCUGAUCAAACGAACCUCUCUGCUGUGUUCCAGUUUCUCCCAACAGUCUGCAAAAGAAGUUUGUUAUAUCAUAAAAUAUGUGACGUUAGGAAAGCUACCAGCAGUUCUUUCUUAGUGGUUUUAAGAUUAGUUGUUUGAUCUCUCAGACCUUUAAAAAACAAAAAAAACAACCUUAUUCACAAAAGUGUAUUUUGUGUUGACGAUGUAACGUAACACACAUUUAAUGAUUCAACCAGUGGGAUGAAAAAUGAAUACUGAUACCUUUGUUUGAACAGCAGAGGGCGCUGUCUGCCUUUGGCUUUUCUCGUCGGACGUCUGUAGUGGAAUAAAGGCGUACGGGCUGCAGGAGAAGAUUUAGCGGUCAACGAUGCACCGCUUGAGUUUACCACACAGGAUAUCUGACCACCAUCUUUAACAUGCUUCUCUUUUACUGAUCAUUAAAGGUUUCUAUCUGACGAUCUCUCUCUCUCUUUUAACACACCAAACACUCUCACUUAUAAUCACUCUUUCAGCUGUUUUCAUUUACUCCCUUAAGUUUGCCAUAUACAGGAAGUGCCUUUUGCAUCUUUUCAAAACAAAAGCACGCUUGUUAACAGAAUAGGAUAGAAAGUAACCGAGGCGUUCGAAGACGGUAACAGUUUAAAAAGUUAUCUCUUGAAAGCUCAAACAUUAACAGGGCUUUAGUUUCAUAUCGUGAGUUGAAAAUUGUCUAAAAUGCUAAAUAUUCAGUUUUCUUCAUCAUAACAAAGAAAAUAAGAUCAUACUCACGUUGGAGAAACUGGAACCUUCAAAUGUUGACUGUUUUUCUUGCCCAGUUGGGUUGUGGACAUUUGUGAGCUGUGAUUCAGUCACAUGAUGGAUGGGUUAACUCUCAGCCGUAUAUUAUGUUCUGUAUUUUAGUAUCAUAUAUUAUUUCACACACUGAAUAAACGUACAAUCACAUGUUAUCACUGUUUCAAUGGAGAGGGAAUGAAUGAGUGUUUCUAAAUCAUCAUCUACUUUUACACUUUGGGUUUGUUUUGAUUUGAAGUGUUUUCUGAACAGCUGUUUAUUAAAGGAGAACCCUAAAAACAACAA